AUGAAGGCGGUGACGCUGACGCAGAGCGUGCCCGGCAGCAAGCAGCAGACCACGCGCACCUACCACUUCGACAAGGUCUUCCCGCACGACACCACCCAGGAGAAGCUGUACGCCUCUGCCAUCUCCUCCAUCGUGGAGGAGGUGCUGGAGGGCUUCAACUGCACCAUCUUCGCCUACGGCCAGACGGGCACCGGCAAGACGCACACGAUGACGGGAGACAUCGGCGACGAGCUGAGCCCCGGGGCGGGCGUCAUCCCGCGCGCCAUCCACCAGAUCUUCGCCUACCUGGACGGCAUCGCCUCCGAGUACUCCGUCAAGUGCUCCUACCUGGAGCUGUACAACGAGGAGAUCACAGACCUGCUGACCGUGGGCGCAGACGUGCCCAAGGUGCGCAUCAUGGAGGACCGCAGCGGGGUGGUGCUGGCGGGCAUUGAGGAGUCGAUUGUGAAGAACAGCCACGAGAUCUUCGCGCUGCUGGAGCAGGGAUCCGCCAAGCGGCGCACCGCGGAGACGCUGCUCAACAAGCAGUCGUCGCGCUCCCACUCGGUGUUCAUCGUGACGGUCAGCGUGCGGGAAGUGACCCCCGAGGGCGACGAGGUCAUCCGCGUGGGCAAGCUGUACCUGGUGGACCUGGCAGGCUCGGAGAACAUCACGCGGUCUGGCGCGGUGGAGCAGCGGGCCAAGGAGGCGGGCAACAUCAACAAGUCGCUGCUGACGCUGGGGCGCGUGAUCACGGCGCUGGUGGAGGGGCAGGGCCACGUGCCGUACCGCGACUCCAAGCUCACCAGGCACUGA